CAUACCAAAUGUAUCUGGAUCUUAAUUGAUUGACAGUUUCUACUUUCUUAGCGAGAUUUCUUCCCCUUUAUUUAUUUGUUCUGUAGAAAGUCAGGGUCAAAUUGGGAAGUUUGUGUAGUGCAAGCCACCUUUUUGUAUUUGCAGCAAAAUGAAGCAACAAAUGGUCAAAUUAAUAACAGUUUCAUUCAAUCACACACCAAUAUCUUCUUCUUUAUGAAGCCUCGAGAUGAAAUUCAUUAAUAUCCUCCACAGACACAAGAAAAGAAAGCUUGUGAGAUGGUGAUCUUCCAAAAGGAGAAUCUUGAUUUAGUAUUAGUCCCAUUUGGUCUCCUCAUUAUGUUUGGUUACCAUCUCUUCCUUCUCUACAGGUACCUUAAUCUUCCCCACACAACCAUUUUCGGCUACGAAAACAACGAUAAGAUCGCAUGGGUAGAUAAAAUCAUGAAGGAAGAGAACAGGGAAAGCGCUCUGGUCGUGUUGGGAUCCAACAUCUCCGGGGCGACAUUUCUCGCGACGGUUUCCCUCAGUCUGAGCUCUCUCCUCGGUGCAUGGAUCGCUAACAAUUCAAAUAUUUUCCAGAGCGAAUUAAUUUACGGUGAUAGGAGGCCAUCUACUCUAUCGAUUAAGUUUGUAAGCCUUCUCGUGUGUUUCAUUCUCGCGUUCUCGUGCUUUGUUCAAUCCACGAGGUCUUUCAUACACGCUAAUUAUCUAAUAAGCAUGCCGGAUAGUGAUUUCCCGGUGAAGUAUGUGGAGAGGGCUGUUCUCACCGGUGGCGAUAUGUGGUCUUUGGGACUUAGAGCGCUUUAUUUUGCGAUCAAUUUGUUGCUUUGGUUCUUUGGUCCAAUACCCAUGUUUGCUACUUCAGUGGGAAUGGUUCUUUUGCUACAUUAUCUCGACACGAAUACGAUCCCAUUGCAUAAACACGGCGGCGUCGCAGCCCCAAAACAGCCUUUGUGUAGGACUGUUUAAUGAGUAAAUUAUAUCAUGAUAAUGCCAAAUGUUAAAUAAUAUGCUUGCUUCUUUAUGUAAUUAUAUUUUUCUUUCCAUUUAAUAGGAAAACAAUAACUUUUGUGUUAUGAAUUAUGAUGUAAAUUGAAAUAUUUGAAUAAGGGGCUUAAGGUCCUUAG